GGCUCCCAGUGAGGACGUGAUUUCUCUGCAGCUUCCACCAGUGUCUGCUGGGCCCCUGAGUCUCUGCACUGACUGGUCGGCUCCUCAGAGGGUAGCUGGAUAGCUUAGCAUCAAAGCACAGGGGACUCCAGGAAGCCAUGGCCCAGAGAAAGACCCCCAAAAGCAACCCCAGAAGAGAGGGGAAGGCGACGCCGGUGGAAAGCAAGAAUGGAAAGAGGACGGAGAGAGGAGGAGGAGGAGGAGGAGGAGAUGCAGCAGCAGCAGGAGGAGGAGGAGGAGGAUCUAAGUACUCCAUGUUCACCUGGUUUGUGGUCCUGGCCCUGCUGGGAGUCUGGAGCUCCGUGGCCGUGGUCUACUUCGACAUCGUGGACUACGACAGCGUCAUCGGUAAACUGACGGCCUACGACACCGACGGAGACGGAGACUUUGACGUUGAGGACGCUAAAGUUCUGCUCGGGCUGAAGACUGCAGAGAGACCACCUGUGGGAGAUUCACCUGAGGAGAAAACAGUUUUAAAAACCAAAGAGACCAGCAAGAGUCCAGCUGAAGCGACCAAUCAGCAAGCUGCAAAGCCACAGGGGGCGGAGCCAACACAGGCCACUUCAGCCAAAACCCCGUCCCAGGAGACAGUUUCAGAGAGCAGUCCGUCCUCCGUCCACGAUGACGAUGAUGAUGAUGAAGCCUCUAGAUCUCACGAUGUGGAGUCUGAAAUCCAAGCUGCCGUCCCUCUACCUCCAUUGGUGGAAGAUGAUUUUGUGCCAGAUGAUCCUAGAGACAGUCUACAUCCGCAUGAGGAUAAAGUUGAAACCAUCGACACAACUGGAGUUCUGAUGGAGGAGCGCCCCCCGGAGGAGAGUCGAGCAGACUCGGGACAAUUAUUGACGAGCUCCAAGAUCACACAGGAAGCAGUCGUGGAAGCAGAGAACCAGUCUGAACCACCAGUAGAACCAGAACCACAGAGAGACACACCGAAGGAGACAGACACUGAUGGUAAACAGGCCGAGGAGCAGCUCAAAGAAAAAGCGAAGAAAAAGAAACCAAAGUUGUUGAAUAAGUAUGAUAAAACCAUUAAAGCAGAAAUCGACGCAGCAGAGAAGCUUCGUAAGAAGGGGAAACUGGAAGAAGCUCUGAGAGCGUUUGAGACUCUGGUUCAGAAACAUCCUCAGAGCCCCCGCGCCCUCUACGGGAAAGCUCAGGCGGAGGACGACCUGGCGGAGAAGCUUCGUAGUAACGACAUGCUGCAGAAAGCCGUCAACACGUACAGAGACGCUGCUGAACUCCCUGAUGUGACCUCUGACCUCCUGAGGGCCGCGCUGAAGAGACGAGCAGAGAGGCAGCAGUUCCUGGGUCGGAUGCGCGGCUCUCUGGCGACGCUGGAUAAGAUGGUUCAGAUCUUUCCAGAAGACAUCGGUCUGAAGAACGAACUGGGCGUCGCCCACCUGUUGCUAGGAGACAACAAGGGUGCCAGGAGGGUCUUUGAGGAGGUUCUGGCGGUUGCCCCUAGCAACGGCUUCGCUAAAGUUCACUACGGGUUCAUCCUGAAGUCGGAGAACAAGAUCGCAGAGAGCAUUCCAUACCUGAAGGAGGGUUUGUUGUCCGGUGAACCAGGAACAGAUGACGGGCGUUUUUAUUUCCACCUUGGAGACGCUCUGCAGAGAGUCGGAGACGACACUGCCUAUGACUGGUAUGAGUUGGGUCACCAGCGAGGUCACUUUGCGUCGGUGUGGCAGAGAUCUCUGUACAACGUGGACGGACUGAAGGCUCAGCCGUGGUGGACGGCGAAGGAGACGGGAUACACCGACCUGGUCCGGACGUUGGAGAGGAACUGGAAGACGAUCAGAGAGGAGGCUCUGAACGUGAUGGACCAGAACACCGGAUCCUUCGUUCCUGAGGAGGAGAACCUGAGAGAGAAAGGAGAGUGGGGCCAGUACACCAUCUGGCAACAAGGGAAGAAAGUAGGAAACGCGUGUCAGGGCGUCCCAAAGACCUGCUCACUGCUGGAGAGAUACUCUGAAGCUACAGGCUGCAAGAGAGGACAGAUCAAGUUCUCCGUGAUGCAGCCUGGUACUCAUGUGUGGCCUCAUACUGGUCCCACUAACUGCAGACUGAGGAUGCAUCUCGGCCUCGUCAUCCCCAAAGACGGCUGCAAGAUCCGCUGCACCAACCAGACCAGGGAAUGGGAGGAAGGUAAAGUCCUGAUCUUUGAUGACUCCUUUGAACAUGAGGUCUGGCAGGACGCUGACAGUUACCGUCUCAUCUUCAUCGUGGACGUUUGGCACCCGGCGCUGACGGCGUACCAGCGCCAGACCCUGAGCCCCAUCUAGACCGGACCCGGAGACCCGGAGACCCACCACAGAACCGGUAAGAGUUCCACAGACUUAUCGGAGCAGCUGGUUCUUCUUCUUCUCCUGUGGAUUAAAAAACUCUUCCUGGGUCGGAGGAGAAUCUCGUUCUGACCGACGGACUACUAAAACUACUAAAGGUUGUCUGUUGAAGGAUCGGACCAUCGGACUGAAGGAUGGAGACCAGAAAGUUACUACUGACUUUACAACCUUUCACCAGAACACAAACAUGCGGUACGAGUUCUAGUCCUGAUCGAACCGGGAUCAGGGUUCUGGAUCAGGGUUCUGGAUCAGGGUUCUGGAUCAGGGUUCCCACAGAAGCUGGUUUCUUGUUUCUCUAAUUUGAACAGAAAAUAAACUGACGUCCUUUUUAACAAAAAACAUUUCCAGUUCCAAAAACCCCACCGUGUUUCCUCCUCUGUCCUUGUCUCCUGUCUUGUUACCUCCCCUCUCCUCUCCCCUCUCCUCUCCUCAUCUCCUCUCCUCGUCUCUCUCCUCAUCUCCUCUCCUCGUUUCCUCUCCUCUCUUUGUCCUCUCUUCUGGUUUCCACUCAUCUGUAUUUCUCCUUAUUUUGUUUUCUCUCCUCCUCUCCUCUCUUUGUCUCCUCUCCCUGCAUCCUCUUCUAAUAACUUCUCCUUGUUUCCUGUACUCGUUUUCCUCUCCUUGUGUCCUUGUUUCUUCUCCACAUCUCUACUCCUCAUCUCCUCUCUCUGUUUCUCUCCUCUCCUCCUCUCCUCUCCUCCUUUACUCUCCUUAUCGCCUCCCCUCUCCUCUCCUUGUGGCCUCCCUUACCUCCGACUUUCACCAAAACACAAACAUGGGGUUUCUGGUUCUGGAUCAGGGUUCUGGAUCAGGGUUCUGGUUCAGGGUUCUGGUUCAGGAUCAGGGUUCUGGAUCAGGGUUCUGGUCGUGUGGUGUGUCUUCUUGAUCUAGAAAUGUUAUUUUUAAAUAGGACGUCAGUUUAUUUUCUGUAGAGAAACAGAAAGCAGCUCCUCUGGUUUAAAGAUUAAUAUUAAACACUAAAACGUUAACAGUCUCCCUCACAGUUUUCAUGACGUUGUUGUUGUUGUUGUUGUUGUUGUUUAUGAAAUAAGAAAAGCCUUCAUUUUUACCACUAGUGCAUUCUUUCUUUCAGUUUUUAGUUUCACUCUUUCAUCACAUUUGCACAGUAAACAAGGAAACACAAGAAGUAAUUAAAGAUGAUUUAUAUUUAUAUUAAAAACAAAUAAAAACCUUCAGGGAAAAAAAAGACAAACAAGAAUGUAAAAGUGUGUUUAUGUUUCUUUGAUUUCUUCGUUUCCAGUUUGUUGAACUGGUUUCUUCUGGUUUUGGUUUUUAAAGUUUUUGUUUCUGAUCAAAAGAUUAAAAGAUUAAACAUCA